CCGUUUACCCGGCAGGUGUCCUGCACCAUUCAUGCUGUUCGACGAGCCAUAUAUGAACAGAGAGGGUAUGAAACGUCCGUUCAGCCCAUCAGUUCUGCCAAACGGCGAACUCGACAGGAGGGGGUUUGGCGCCGGGCUGGGAGUGCAGAUGGACUGCGAGCCUGGCUGCGACACCCAGGAUGAAGGCGCAGUACCAGAUGAGCAGUCACCAGGGGGCGCCCUGCCUUCUGCGCUCUGCAGACCCAAAAGGGAGAGAAGGCAGCGGAGCUACACUAUGUGUGAGGUUUGCAACAUCCAGCUCAACUCAGCCGCACAGGCCCAGAUCCACUACAACGGCAAAUCCCACCAGAAGAGACUCAAGCAGAUCAGCAAAGGCAAGGUGCCAAGUAACACAGGUACAUCGGCCCAGGGCAGGUCCCUUCUGGCAUCCCUCCCCAUGCCCGGACGGCCUCUGCAGCCUCUGCAGCCUCUGCAGCCUCAGCUCGACCUCAAACACCUCCUGCCCUUCAGACUCAAUGGAUCCUCACCCCUCAGCCUUUUCCCGAACUUUAACACGAUGGACCCUGUCCAGAAGGCAGUGAUCAACCACACAUUUGGUGUCCCUCAGCCCCUCAAGAAGAAACAGAUUAUCUCCUGCAACAUUUGCCACCUGCGCUUUAACUCAACGAACCAAGCAGAGGCCCACUAUAAGGGCCACAAGCACGCCCGGAAGCUCAAGGCCAUGGAGACCCAGAAGAACAGGCAGCGACGAGGGGAGGCCUCAUCCACAGGAAGGGACCGAGACAAAGACCGGGAACGAGAUCGAGACAUGUGCAAGACGUUCACGUCUGAGGCAGCUCCUCCUGUGCUCAUGGAAAUAAGCUCAAUGGAGGGAGCGGAUCUCCAGUCUGACCAAGAGCCAGCCAACCUGGAGGAAAAGCUUGAAGAGAGUCCCAGCAGUUCACUCAUGCGGACACCAGAGGUUUCCUCUCUGGAGUUGGUCACCCUAUCCCCUCCACAGGUAUCGCCUUUCUCACACCUCUCAGAGACUGCCUCAGACGCCGAGGUCCCGGAGGCUAUCGAGGCCGUGGGACCCGUCACUGAGUCAGGCAGCAAUGCGGACACGUCCAGCGUGAAGGAGGAGCCACGAACAGAUGAGGACAAGGACCCCAAAAAGAGCAAGGCUCACCUCCAUUGUCCUGUCUGCAAAGUCACAGUCAACUCCACCUCCCAACUGGAAGCACACAACACUGGUACAAAGCACAAGCUGAUGCUGGAAGGUCACAGUGUUCUGCCUCGGCGCAGGGGGAAGGUGGCAGCAGCCCGCGCGGGCUGCAAGAGCAAGAGGCUGGCGAGCAAAGGCAGCGUCGGGGUGCCCAGCAAGAACUUUCAGUGUGAAGUGUGCGAGAUCUUUGUGAACUCUGAGACCCAGCUCAGCCAGCACAUGAACAGCAGAAGGCACAAGGAUAGGCUGGCCGGAAAACCACCCAAACCCAAGUUUACCCCCCACAGCAAGAGCCAGCCGAGCACCAGCUUAGCGAACCUAAGAUGGAGUAGCUAUGCAGGCGUGGCUGUGUCUGCCAUGAAGAAAGCCUUCAGCCAGUACAAUCUCACCUCCCUCUCCUCACAGACCAAGCUGGCCUUGCAGAAGCAGCUGACCAAGAGCUUGACAACUGGCUUCAUGCCCGGGCCCCUCACCCACCCAGCUCUGUGCACAAUGGCUACUAACCCUCUGGCUCUGCGCCACCCAGUGGGCACCACCACCUUCAUCCAGAACCCCUUCCUUGGCCCUGCACUGUUUCGGCCUGCCCCGGGGCCGCUGCGGGCCACACACACACCCAUCCUCUUCUCCCCCUACUAAAGACUUGGCCCACUUCCUGAUUGAGCUCCACCCUUGUCCCUUUACCAAACCCCAGGCCCUCCUUCAGUGUGACCCACAUGACAAAGGCCACACGCAAACUAUGCAGCCCGCCUGACUUACAAUGGAAAGAGUGCACAAGUCCUGAUGCUCAGUUGGCCAUUAGGCCCGAGUGCUGUUCCUAUCAUAAAGGCCAAGAUCCCCCAUCAUGCCUUCUUUCUGCUCCUCUUAUCAUGACCCUAGGAGCCGGACAGGCCUCCAGACAGUGACUGGUGCACAGAGGCCACUUUUAUAGCCAUUUCAUGGGUCAACAUGGUUUGGAUUAUUAUAUUAUUGUGUAAUUUAUUAGAGAAGAAAUAUAGACAUGUCUAGAUGUAUGUUUAGUGUGGUUGCCACAAAAUAAGGUCCCUUUACUUGAUGCUCUUUUAAAACGUUUUUUUAACUUAUUGGUUUGGGGGUUUCAUAAAAGGUGGGAGGGUCAUAGGUCAUUGAAGCAGCUGUACCAGAGGCCUCCUCAUAUGGCUGGAUAGACCUCUCAGUGACCAGUGUUUUCAAUCAACAAUCCUAAAGGACCAUGUGAGGUCAAUUGCUGUCAUGUGUCAUGUUGGUUAUGGCGGUUAACAAACAGUCCUGUGAGUGUUAUGUAAAACUGCAUAUAUUAAAACCCUGCUUCAUCUCA